GAUGGCGGGUUCGGUGUGGUGCUUCGACAUGGCUGGAGCCGAUUUUGCCAAAGCUUAAAUGCUCGUCGCGCUCCCUUGGUCUUGGUUCGACCAUGGCCAACGAAAAGGUGGAAUGGGUGGAGAUAAUCGAGCCUCGCACCAAGGAGCACAUGUACGCCAACCUGACGACAGGCGAGUGCGUCUGGGACCCACCCAUAGGCGUCAAGAUCAAGCUGACCGAUGACAACCAGUGGUGGGAGCUGUUUGACCAGAACACGUCGCGCUUCUACUACUACAAUGCCAGCAGCCAGCUGACGGUCUGGCACCGGCCCAAGAACUGUGACAUCAUCCCGCUCGCCAAGCUUCAGACUUUGAAAGAGAGCACAGAGCUUGAAGAGCAGGUCUUGAGGUCGCCGGUUAGGAAAGAGUCCGUGGGAACGCAGACAAGAUGUGACGCUGGACUGCCGUUACAGGUACGGGAGGAGCCAACAACAUGCACAGUCUCCACGCAGACGAGCCCAGCCCCGUCUCCGAGGCAACACCGCAAGCGGGAAGCACUGCGGUGUGGGGCACAGCUGCCGCUCCACCACUACAUCCUGGAGCAGGCCAAGCUGCUGGGCUACCGGCUGGACCUGUUCGAGGAUGGUUCCUCGUCCUCGGCCUCCUCGGCGGCCGGCGACUGGGGCCACGACAACGACGACGAGGAGGACUUUGCCGACGACGAGGCCAUGAGCGCCCCAUCCUCGCCAUCGUCGUCCCAGGACGAGGGAGAUGGCCACGACGCAGCUGCCGGUCGUUUCUCUGCUGAGAGUGACAAUGGCAGCUGGACUUCAGGCUCCCCUGUGGGUCAUCCCUCGGCCACGCAGCAUGCUUCCCUGCGGCGGGUCGGUCACUCCAGGCCAGAUGGUGGAAGCCUGCUGGAGAAGUCACAGUCAUUCCAGGUGGCGGGGGGCUCCCGGGAGGCAUCGCCCGCCUUGCGGCCGCUGUCCGCCGAGCGCAAGCCGCCGUCUGAGAGCGACAUCGUCCAGUACGCCCAGGACAACCUGAACCGGCACAAGCGGGGCCUGUUCCGGCGAAAGUUCUCCCUGCGAGACAUGCUGUCCUGGUCUAAGGACCCCAUCCGCCAGCCCAUGAUCAUGACCACCGACAAGUCCCUCAAGCAUGACGCCUGCCACCUCUUCAAGCUCAUACAGGCAUACAUGGGUGACCGCAAGUGGAAGGCCUCACCCGAACAGGUGUCGGUGGAGAUCGCCACCCGAGGUUGGAGCCAGGCAGCACUGCGGGACGAGCUGUACAUGCAGAUCUGCCGGCAGACGACGGACAAUCCGCGCGCCGAGAGCCUGCUGCGUGGCUGGGAGCUCAUGGCCGUCUGCCUGGGCAUCUUUCCCCCAUCGGCCACCUUUCGGCCCUACCUGGAGAGCUACGUCCAGCGGCACCGGGACGACAUGGCAGUGGGCGCCUAUGCUGGUGCCUGCGCGCAAAGGCUCGAGCGCGGCGCCCAGUGUGGACCAAAGAGAGGCCUCCGGCGGCCCACGGCCGAGGAGGUGGCCCAGUCGCGGGCGCACCUCUUCCGGCCCUCCAUGUUUGGCAGCCGCCUGGAGGAAGUGAUGGCGCUGCAGUGUGAGCGCUUCCCCGACCGUUGCCUCCCCUGGGUGCAGACGACCCUGUCGGAGGCCGUGCUACGGUUGCAUGGAGCCCAGACGGAGGGCAUCUUCCGUGUGCCGGGAGACAUCGAUGAGGUCAAUGCACUAAAGGUGCGGCUGGAUGAGUGGCAAACGGUGGACUGUACCAGCGGUGGCGACCCGCACGUGCCGGCGUCACUGCUCAAGUUGUGGUACCGAGAGCUGCACGACCCGCUCAUACCGGCUGCCCUCUACCAGGAGUGUGUCGACUGCUGUGGCGAGCCCCAAGUGGUGCUGGCACUGGUUCGGCGCAUGCCCGAGCUAAACCAGCGUGUCCUCGCCUAUCUCAUCCGGUUCCUGCAGGUUUUUGCUGCCCCUGAAAAUGCUGCACUUACCAAGAUGGACGCCAGCAAUCUGGCCAUGGUGAUGGCACCCAACUGCCUACGCUGCACGUCGGACGACCCGCGGGUCAUCUUCGACAACACCCGCAAGGAGAUGGCGUUUGUGCGGACGCUCAUUCAGACGCUGGACACUAGUUUCAUGGAGGGCGUCCUAUGACCUCCGCUGAUUUACGCUGACCUUAGCUGCUCCAAGCAGCGCUGCAUCAGCAGACGGACGGGCUAGUUCGCGUUCUUCAUUGUGACGAAAGACAAGCGGCAUUGAAAGCCUGAGGCAGCUCGAGGAAAGCACGGAGGCCAUGGAUGUGAUAGCAAUGGCAGUAGGAGAAGGAGCCGAACAAAGUCUUGUUGGGAGCGUUUGCAGCUCGGCCUUGCUCGACUGCCACCAAUUGCCAGCAGAGUAGGCAGUGGUUUUUUGGUGCCGAUUCAUUUAAACUCAACCUCUGUACUCUCUCGGGUAGGUCAAGUAUCGAACAGACGACGGAGAAAGUGUCUCACCGAAGCUUCUCAGCCUCUGCUAGUCUCGAGGAAACUAGCAUUAUUUUGAGCAAGUUAGAACUCCCAGUAUGUAUUAAUGUAACAUCUAUGUUUGGACGAACUUGAGGUGCAAAAGCAUGCAGCGAGCAAGCUGCGUAACUGUUCCUGGUUGCAUGAAAGCGAUCUGGUGCCCCUUGACUUGGGCGUUUCAUUGCAGCCUGCACGUUACUUUGUUAUGCGAGAUACAUUUGUUACUGUUAAUAUCAUUAUCAUUAUUAUUCUCGUCACUUCAGCAACGCAGCUGCAGUUGUCAUCAGUUGUUGGUGCAUUGUCGUUUUGCAAUGCCGUGGAACAAGUGCUGGUGGCUGCCUCAGACUUUUUGUGCCGCCUGCCUUUGCUGGUCUUUCUCGUAUGACCCGGCCGACGUGCUCUUGAAGUGCACGGGGUUUAUCGACCGCUGUUGCCGGGGGUGUUUGGGCCACCAGGUGUCGCAAACGCUCAACGUGCGACGCUGGCUUCUGCUAUUGUUGACAACUGGAUUCACAAGAACGUAGUUAGAAGUCGGGUCAGACGUGUUAGUUCUGUAUAUGAUGGUGCGCCUGGCAAUUGACAACGCGCCGUAUUUGACUCACAAGCUGCCACUUGUGAGUCAAAUGGCUUGCGAUCUGUCGGGUGUGACUUCCGCGUGACACCUCACAAUGGACAGCUUGCCAACAUGCCAUUUUUCUUUUCCCAGUGCACGUUGGCAGGUGCUUGAACCUUGUUGAUAACAUGGCUUCACGUUUUGUUGCUGCAUCGUGGGCCGUGUUACGAGUUGUUCCUCCCCUGUACUCGAUUGGCUUUGAACUGCCUUGCAGACGCCGUUUAGCCAAUCGCGAGGCAGCCAAGGACAAAAAUGAGCUUGUAAACAAACAAGGAGUUACUCAGCAUAACUGCUUUUCGUGUUGCUAUUAUCAAGCUAAAUAACCGGCGUCAAGCAUGGGGUUAAAGGGUCGUAGAAACGUUACUCACUAGCUUGCUACUCUGACCUAAAUUAGCUCCAUUUUUAACAUUGUAGUAACAUUGCAGCAUUUGUUGGGCUGUAAAAGUGUCAUUUUUAGUUACUCAAUACUGCCUCAGAUCAUCUGGCCAAAACUUUCAGUAUUCGACGCGACUUGUAGUCACCAGACAUGACUCAUGAAUUACUUCGAGCCUCUGAGCGACUCAUAGCCUUUUGCUGCGUUUACAGUACCGGUGCGCUGAAAGAAUGGUGGGUUCCAGUCUGAGCAUACGUGGUGGUAAUUUUUACAGAUUAUCACCGCACCUACAUUAUCAUUAUUUUUCUCCAAAGUGCAGCAAGCGUUGGAUUGUGCCUACGCCGUGCGUCCUCUUGAUUGGCCACACUUGGAUUGUUGUUUAGUCCGGUGAAUCCACUCGCAAAUGGAUCGUAGAGACGACUGCGUUUGCUUUGUCAUAGCAGAGCUCUUGUUCGUUCAACCCUCGUAAUGCUUACCUUUCGUCACGUGACCGGGGCUUGUGCAAUCCUUGGGCGCAGUUCAGAGAAGGCAGAGGGCAGCACACUUGUUCACAACAGUGUCUCAUCUGUGUGGAGGCUUGUGGGUUGUUCAUCUUGGCCAGCUCGACUUCUUUACUUGGCAAUUACUGGUAGAUGGUUAGCAGCGGUGGAUGAACUCUCUUUUCGAAGCAAACUGUCCCAGAAAAGCUGUGCAUUGCCUGUACAGUCGUGCAAUGUUGUUUAAAGUGAGAAAUGUAGUGCCACAUGCUGUCUUCCAUGUUCUCUCUGCAGCGUGUGCUUCAUUGUUUUGUGCUGGACAGCUUGAUGCAAUUUUGUUUCUUUGAGCGAGCAUAUGCACUUGGAAUUUAUUUUCUUCAGUUUCACACUCUUUCAUUCGUGGCCUAUUACAUUCACGCACUGUUGUUUGGAUCCGUUGUCUUAAAAAGGCAGCAGCAGGUCCAGGACAGAAUCCACAAAUAGCAACAGGACACGAGUACAACUCGCAUGUUUAAGUUCCAGACUAUACAGUCUGCAGUGGGGGUGCGAAAUGAAAUGGAAAAAUGGGCCAGGAUGGCUAGCAAGCUUAAAAAUCAACUGGAAAGCAUGUGACGUGUCAUGUGACCAAUGCGCAUGACAUAUAUCAUAUUUCCAUAACAUGGACACAUGGCAUGCAGUUUCACAUCUGGUGCAGGCAUCAGGCUGCAGACCGAGCAUUCACAGCCUUUGUUGUAUGCAGCACUCUUCUGCUCGAGGGCGCCAAACUUCCCAGCAAACCACUUGUCCCAUUCCCUCAUUUUUUUUUACUCACACGGACCAAGUUCACACCGGGACACAAGAAAGCAUCAAAUCGUGAACGUAAUUUUGUAUAUCCUCUCCUUCCUUCAGCCGUGUUAAAGUAGAUGUCGCUAUGAGCGAGCUUAAUAUAAAUUCUGGACUAUUUGAGUUUCAACUCCGUGCCGUUGUUUCUUCACCUACCCACCCCUUUUGCUGGUGACUUGAGCAUGGCCUUACGGGCUGAGAUUGACCUUUUUGACAUGGUAAGAACGAGUUGGAUACAUUCGAAUGAAAUUAAUCAUUGCACUGCACUGGACACAGUGUUCCGAUGUUGAGAGCAGCCAUCCUUUUUCCGGGUGUAAUUGAUAGUGUGGCUGCAGUGGGCCAAAUAGCUUAAUGGCACUAUCCCAUUCAUUUAUAUAUAUAUGUAUUUUUUUUUUUUCAUUACAACAAAAUGCACUGAUGCAUUUAAAAACCGCAUUCAUCAUAUUCAUCUUGCUCCGACACCUCCCGUCUGUCGAAGCAGUUUGACGCACAUAGGCAGAAACCACCGACACACAUUGUAGUAUGGCCAUUGUCACUUGUCAUCUUUCUCUUACCCUUUCCAUGUCAUUACCCAUCUCUUCCCAUCUUUUAAAGGGGCACUGGAGAGAUGUAUUUAGCUAACCUAGAUUGGGAGGGUACACUAUUGGAGUAACUGGAGAGAUGUAUUCAUCUAACCAAGAUUGGGAGGGUACACUAUUGGAGUACUAUAUCCCC